UAUACAAGUGCCAGAUUUUCACAUUAAUAUUCCUUAAAAAGUGUUAAAAUGUGGUCACAGUAUGACGAAAACUUGAGUGAAAAUGCAUUUUACAAGGAAAUCAGUACACAACAUAGUGACAUUCUCACAAAGUCAAGUGAAGAAGGUUGGAUUAUCACUGUACCGAGACAAGGUAGUUGGGACAUAGAUGAACUGAAUUUUGAAACAAUUCUAGAUCAUAUUUUGAUUCAUGAUGAAGGAUCGGAGUUUUCUACACUUAGCAAAAAGCAUUUAACAGUACUAGAUAAAAGAAUAUUGACUGAAAAUAAUUUAACAUUCAAUAAUCCUGUUGAAAUUUUAUUUGAAGAAACAUUUUACAUUGACAAGAACUUGAAAUGUACGGUAUGGUGUGUUGAAAGACCUUUAUUUAUCAAAUAUGUAAGCAAAAUACAUCACAAAAUAUGCCUGGAGAAUGUUCAUGAUUGCAUUGAUUUCUUGUGGGUCGAGUCUCUUUCACAUCAACUAUUGGAACACAUACAGAUACAAGCAAAUGAAUUUAUACUUCAACAUGAGAACUUUGAAACUGAAAAUUUACAAGAACAGAAGGAUCUUCUUGGCAAAUUAUAUUCACAGUGUCUGCAAACUUGUCUAAAAAACACUCAUAUAAGAGACAAAUCCUCAAAUCCUAUAUUUCUGGAGAAUUUGAAAAUCUCUGUGGAGACCUACAUGCAUUAUUGUUUAGGCAGAAAGUUACUAAGUGCUGUUAACACUUUAAUGUGCAACUCAGAUUCUCAGUUCAACAAAAUCACCAGAAAUUCCAGUUACCUCCAACUUCAAGAUUUGAAUAUACCAUCAAGUUUAAGUGACAUUGUAACUGCAGUGAAAUGUGAAUUGAACAAAAUUAAUAGUUUUGUGACUAUUUUAGAUAAAAUAAACUGUUUGCAACGAACUUUUAAAUUAUUAAAUAGUUAUGAUAUCAAAUAUUGUUUUACCACAGAUGAUGUACUAAACAUAUUAGUUUUUGUGAUACUUAAGUUAAACAUUAAUAACUGGUAUGCUAAUUUAGUUUACAUCAAAGAUUAUAAGUUUAGUUCAUUGAAUGUACACAAUGAUUUCUUUUUAACUUCCAUUGAAGCUGCUCUCGAAUUCAUACGCAGCAACGAGUUUUUAGGCAUCAAAGUUAAGUCAAUAAGGCAAGAUGUGUCUAGUCAAUUUGCUGUGCAAUAUGUAUUUGAUUACAUCCGAUUAGGGAAUUUAAAAAUGGUUAAAAGUAUUCUAAAACAAAAAAAAGUUAAAGCCAAUAUUGAACAAAACUUGAGUCUGUGUCACCCUCUAUGUUCUUGUGAUGAAUGCGAAAAGAUUUUAAAAAAUUUAGAAAAACAAAUAGAUGUGAACAUAGAUUCCAAAAACGAAAAUGGUCAAAGUCUUCUUACUGUUGCAGUCUUGUAUGGUCAUUGUGAUUUAGUUGAAUUUUUUUUAACCAACAACUGUAAUAUAAACACCAUUGAUUAUUUGUGCAGAACACCUUUGCAUUAUGCAGCUUCUAAAGGAUAUCAAGAUAUUCUUCUGUUGCUAAUUAAUUUUGGCGCAAAUGUAAAUGCGGUAGAUGGUGAAAAAAAUACUCCUCUUCAUUUAGCUUCUGAAAACGGUCAUGAGAAUUGUGUUAAAGCUUUAAUUUACUCAUCAGUCAAUAUAAAAUUGGACUUAUGCAAUUUCUUUGGUGACACACCAAUGCAUUUGGCAGCGAAAUGGUCUUACCUUGAGAUAUUAAAAAUAUUAUCAGAAAAUGGUGGUUAUGCUCAUGUAAAAAAUAGACGGAACAAAACUGCUUUAGACAUAGCAUCAAAUUAUUAUUCCAGAGUGUUGCUUGAAGAUGCACCCGAGAUAAUUACAAACAACAACAGCGAGCCUGAUUCUUCUUUAGAAAUCAUUGACUGUGGUCAAGUUAUAUUUAUCAGCGAAAAUCAUGGUGUAAAACCCAGAAAUUUAGAACAGUUGAAAAAAAUAGAUCUACUAUUGAAGGCCAUUGAGAACAAUGAUUUACCAUUAACUUGCUUCUAUUUGGGAUUCAACAUUGAAAUAAAUGAAACCGAAGAGUUAAAAGAAAAAUGUCAUCCACUAUGUUACUGCCCAAAAUGUACUACUGAGGGGGAAUUUUUAAUAUCCAAUAAAAAGGAUGCUGUUUUAAGUGUAAAUACUUGCAACGGUUUUGGGUACACACCGUUACAUAUGGCAGCAAAGUUUGGAAGACACGAAAUUUUGCGUUUGCUGUUAGAUUCGUCUGCGCAAUUAAACGUUAAGACUUAUUCGACGUUGUAUACGCCACUUCAUCUGGCUUGCAUGAACCAAAGAAUUAAAGUUAUAAAGGAGUUAUUGAAUUGCGGUAGUUGUAAGAUAGACGAACCUGAUAGCAAAGGCAAUACUCCCUUGUUUUAUGCAGCGACGAAAGGUUUCACAAAAAUUGUCGAAAUUUUAUUAAAUAACGGCGCCGAUGUAAAGAAAAAAAAUAUGUCUGGAAAAACUAUUUUACAAGAAGUCGAAGAUAGACAGCUAUUUGGGAUAUUGGCCAUUUUAAAUGAAAAUAACAAAGAAUUCACCAAACGUAACGAUGGUUGGGUAUUUUUUUAAAAUAACCCUGCAUAUGAUCAAUUAAGUCAUUUAAAUAAUAAGUCUUGAAUAGAAAGUAUUCAAUAAUAAUCCUGAUAUUUUUAUAUAACAUUUUAUUGUUAAUUUUGUUUGUUGAUUAUUUUUGUUAGUAUAAGUAUAUAUGUAUAUUUUAUACUGAUAUAUGGUGUUAAUAAAAUAAUUUACCUAA